GGACGCUGUUCAUUGUUGGCGUGACAUUUCCAAAAUAACCACCACAGAUACAUUUGAUGAAAUCGUGUUCAAUCGUGUUCAGCACAUUGCGUUUCCUUAUACCCGCGAGAAACAUUUAGCGCUUCUUUUCUAAAUUACUACUUACUUCCGUGCUGACUUAACUCCCGGAUACUGUGCGAAUGUCUUCGUUCUCACCAUUGGACAGAGGACGUCCUCACCAGUAUCAUGUCUGUGAUGAAGCCUCUCGAAGCCGCAUCAUCCCUUCAACUAUAUGCAGGCUCAUGCGGCCAGAUGAUGCCAACAUUGUGGGUAACGUGCACGGUGGCAACAUCCUGAAGAUGAUUGAGGAGGCAGGAUGCAUUAUUAGCACGCGACACUGCAACACACAGAAUGAGGACCGCUGCGUGGCUGUUUUGGUUCGUGUGGAGAAGACUGAGUUCUUGUACCCCUUGUUCAUCGGGGAGGUUGCCCACGCCUCGGCUGAGAUCACAUACACCUCGCAACACUCGCUGGAAGUGCAGGUCAAAGUCAUGGGAGAAAAUAUCCUCACAGGUGCCAAAAAGCUGGUCAACAGGGCCGUGCUAUGGUACGUGCCCUGCUCACUGCAGAAUGUCGACAAGAUCAUGGAGGUGCCGCCUAUCAAGUUUGACGCAGAACAAGAGGCGGAGGGUCGGAAGCGCUAUGAGGCUCAGAAGACAGCCAGACUCAAAACCAACGAUUUGGUUGAAGUUGUGCCACCUCCAUCCAAGCCAGAAAAGCACACAGUUGGCUUCAGUCAGUCCAGCCUGAUCCAUCUGGUGGGUCCCUCGGACUGCACACUCCACGACUAUGUUCAUGGAGGUGCGACCAUGAAGCUGAUGGAUGAGGUUGCCGGCAUUGUGGCAGCACGCCACUGCAACACCAACAUUGUCACGGCUUCUGUGGAUGCCAUCAACUUUCAUCGCAAGAUUAAGAAAGGCUGUGUGGUGACCGUCACAGGCCGUCUCACAUUCAUCAGCAGCAAGUCCAUGGAAAUAGAAGUGGUAGUAGAUGCCUGCUUAUUGGUUGACGCGGAGAAAGUUUCCUAUCGUGCAGUCUCUGCCUUCUUCAUUUUCAUCUCGCUGGACAAAUUUGGCAAAGCUCAGUCUGUCCCUCCUCUCAAGGUUAAUGGCGAGGAGGAGCAGAGGCGUUACGAUGAAGGCCAAGCCCGUUACGUCAUGAAUAAAGCCAAGAGACUUGCAGAGAAGGAGGCCAAGCAGUGACAAGGCUGAAACACAACGCCAAAGGAAAACAAAGCCCAUUUUCUCAUCGGGUUCUGCAAACUGUAGCCUCCUACUGAAACUUGACAUGCUUCAUGCACCAAAGCAAUCUCAUUCAAAUAUAUACCUAUAUAAUAUAUAUAAAAUUGGUAAAUAACAGAGAAAUAGUUUACUUUUGUGGCAUGCUACCACUGACUAGACUUUGACUUGAAGCUUUUCAAAGGACCUAAUGAAGUAUACAGGGUAAAAGUAAAUAUAAAAAUGAAAAAAAAAAAUGAAGGAACAAAUAAAUUAUCCCAACGUGA